AUGCUGCCCCGAGGGCGCCCCCGGGCGCUGGGGGCCGCGGCGCUGCUGCUCCUGCUGCUUCUGAUCGGAUUCCUCCUGUUCGGCGGGGACUUGGAGUGUGAGCGCGGCGAGCGCGGAGGCAAGCGGAGGGGCCCGAGAUCCUUCCCCUGCCCGCUGACGCCACGUGUCUCUGCAGACGGGCGGCCGCCGGCCGCUGGUGCCCUAGACGGAGACCCGUCUGCGGACCGCGGGGGCCACAACCACUCGGACUGCGUCCCGCCGCCGCCGCCGCUGCCGAGGUGCGAGCUAUUGCACGUGGCCAUCGUGUGUGCGGGACACAACUCCAGCCGAGACCUCGUCACCCUGGUGAAGUCCGUACUCUUCUACAGGAAAAAUCCGCUGCACUUCCAUCUGGUUACUGAUGCCGUGGCCAGAAACAUUCUGGAGAUGCUCUUCUACACGUGGAUGGUGCCCGCUGUCCGGGUCAGCUUCUAUGACGCAGAGGAGCUCAAGCCCCAGGUCUCCUGGAUCCCCAACAAGCACUACUCUGGCCUGUACGGCCUCAUGAAGCUAGUGCUGCCUGCUGCCCUGCCCCCUGACCUGGCCCGUGUCAUUGUCCUGGACACAGAUGUCACCUUCGCCUCUGAUAUCGCAGAGCUCUGGGCACUCUUUGCUCACUUUUCUGAUGAGCAGGUGAUCGGUCUUGUGGAGAAUCAGAGCGACUGGUACCUGGGCAACCUCUGGAGGAACCACAGGCCCUGGCCUGCCUUAGGCAGGGGAUUUAACACAGGUGUGAUCCUCCUGCGGCUGGACCGGCUCCGGCAGGCUAGCUGGGGGCAAAUGUGGAAGCUGACGGCCACACGGGAGCUCCUCACCCUGCCGGCCACCUCACUGGCGGACCAGGACAUCUUCAAUGCCAUAAUCAAGGAACACCCAGGGUUGGUGCAGCCCCUGCCCUGCAUCUGGAACGUUCAGCUGUCAGACCACACGCUGGCUGAGCGCUGCUACUCGGAGGCGUCUGAUCUCAAGGUAAUCCACUGGAACUCACCCAAGAAGCUUCGCGUGAAGAACAAGCACGUGGGAUACUUCCGCAACCUCCACCUGACCUUCUUGGAGUAUGACGGCAACCUCCUGCGGAGAGAGCUCUUCGGCUGCCCCAGCCCACCCCCGUCCGGGGCUGAGCAGGUGCAGCGGGCCCUGGCGCACCUGGACGAGGAAGAUGCCUGCUUCGAGUUCCGGCAGCAGCAGCUCACUGUGCACCGCGUGCACCUGACCUUCCUGCCCCAUGAGCCGCCGUUCCCCCAGCCCCACGACGUCACGCUGGUGGCCCAGCUCUCUAUGGACCGGCUGCAGAUGCUGGAAGCCCUGUGCAGGCACUGGCCGGGCCCCAUGAGCCUGGCCUUAUACCUCACAGACGCAGAGGCCCAGCAGUUCCUGCGUUACGUCGAGGCCUCGGCAGUGCUCUCUGCCCGGCAGAACGUGGCCUACCACGUGGUAUACCGCGAGGGUCCCCUCUACCCUGUCAACCAGCUGCGGAAUGUGGCAUUGGCCCAGUCCCUCACGCCUUACGUCUUCCUCAGCGACAUUGACUUCCUGCCUGCCUAUUCCCUCUACGACUACCUCAGGGCCUCCAUCGAGCAGCUGAAGCUGGGCAGCGAGCGGAAAGCGGCCCUGGUGGUGCCAGCGUUCGAGACCCUGCACUACCGCUUCCGCUUCCCCAGUUCCAAGGCCGAGCUGCUGGCCUUGCUGGACUCCGGCUCUCUCUACACCUUCAGGUACCACGAGUGGCCCCGGGGUCACGCGCCCACAGACUAUGCCCGCUGGCGGGAGGCUCAGACCCCAUACCGCGUACAGUGGGCCGCUGACUACGAGCCCUAUGUGGUGGUGCCUCGUGAUUGUCCCCGCUAUGACCCCCGAUUCGUAGGCUUUGGCUGGAACAAGGUGGCCCACAUCGUGGAGCUGGAUGCACAGGAAUACGAGCUCCUGGUGCUGCCCGAGGCCUUCACCAUCCACCUGCCGCAUGCCCCAAGCCUUGACAUCUCUCGCUUCCGCUCCAGCCCCACCUAUCGUGACUGUCUCCAGGUCCUCAAGGAUGAGUUCCACCAGGACUUGUCCCGUCACUACGGGGCUGCUGCCCUCAAAUACCUCACCGCCCUGCAGCCACCCCGAGGCUCCGCCUGACCUCCCCGAGGCUGGCCCUCCAUGGCUCACCCCUGCGCUUCCCCUUGGCUCUCAAGGGCUCCCUGUAGACACUGGAGCAACCCAGCCACCCUCCCUGCC